AUGCCCGCCAAACAGCAUUCCCAAACAAUCUUCGGCGCUUUUGUUCCCGGCAACGUAUCCAAUGUCAAAGAUUAUUCUGUACGACAUUCCAUCACGGCUAUCCCCGCAGGCGUGGGCUCCAAACCCUUGGAAAGCACGGUAAUUCGCCCUGUUCUGCUCCAGAAAAAAGGCCUGAUAACAUUGGCCAAGUUAUGUCCUCAACUACAAGCGCCUGGCUUACGAAACUCACUGGGUGUCCUAUCCCGACAUUGCCGCUUUUGGCAGAAAUUGGGUCUAUCUCUACUUGAAAAUGAGCCCAAUUCGACUCUUCCGGUCAUCUCUGUCCCUUCCAAAGACGGCGGGCCUUCGGUCAUCGCCGACUCGUUCAAGAUUGCGCUUCGCUCUCAAGCCGCGUUCGUCCAGCACGUCCUUGCGACCACAUUUGUCGCACAUCUCCGUCCCAUGAUUCUCCAGCGUGUUCUGGAAAAAUUAGACGAGCGAGGAGCGGAAUAUUUCACCCGCACACGCCAAAAAUGGUACUGUCCAGAGGGUGUAUCCAUCAAGGAGCUAUGCCCUCCUGGAUCCGAAAAGUAUAAACAACAAAUGGAAAAGUUGCGUGCUGGAUUGAACACGAUCAAUGGCUUCCUCCUCUCCAAUGGCCAACUUGAGGACGACGCCAUGAGCCCGUUGCUCGAAAACUAUCCAUCCUCCCCGUUGACAAGCUCUCCUUCAGGUUACCGACACUGGGUCAUGGGAACGGAUGGUCCGACUUUUGCAGACUUUUGUCUGGGAGGAAUCCUUGUCUAG